CUUUUUCAACGCCAUUUUCUUUUCUAUAACAAAUAAGGGGACGUCUAUUUCACUUUAGAUUGUGUCGUGGUUUUGUUUUUAAAUAUCUUUUGUUACUGAAUCAAGAACGAGACUAGAGUAGUUUAGUAAUCAUUUUAAUAGCCUACAAUCGUCUUUACGAAUUAUUCAUAUGUCUAUCUCUUAGCACCGAGUUGUGUCAAUCGACUCUGCUUGUGGACUACUAGGCCUAGGCUUUCUGUGUCUGUGUCUACCAUUUUUGUUUCAAUCUAACAAAAUGCCUUCGGAAUCAUCUAGUUCAAACAAGCGGGAAAGUGAAGCUGAGCGAGAAGAAAGAAGAAAACGACGCAAGUCUCGUUGGAAUAAUGACGAAAAGGAUAAGUCAUUCAUUCUGGGCAUGCCAACAGUGCUGCCAACAAACUUGAGUAAAGAACAAGAAGAAGCCUAUCUCUGUAUUUUACAAGAACACGUAUUCUGUGGGGAAGUGUUAUCCGUACAGCUGCAGAUUGAAGAAGUGAGCCGGAAACUCCGGACAGGAGACCUGGGAAUUCCCGCCAACCCGGAGGAAAGGUCUCCGUCCCCCGAGCCUAUCUACGGCAGCGAUGGCAAACGUCUCAACACCCGUGAGUACCGCACACGCAAGCGGCUCGAGGAGGAGCGUCAUGCGCUCAUACAGAAGAUGAUCAAGCUCAACCCGGACUUUAAACCACCUGCUGACUACAAACCACCCAUCAUCCGAGUGAGUGACAAAGUGAUGAUUCCUCAAGAUGACCAUCCUGACAUCAACUUUGUUGGACUGUUGAUCGGCCCUAGAGGAAACACAUUGAAAUCAAUGGAACGAGAGACGGGAGCCAAGAUCAUCAUUCGAGGCAAGGGCUCGGUGAAGGAGGGUAAGGUUGGUCGCAAGGACGGCCAGCCACUGCCUGGAGAGGAUGAACCUCUGCACGCCUACGUCACGGCAAACAACCCAGAAUGUGUCAAGAAGGCGGUGGACAAGAUCAAGGAGAUAAUACGGCAGGGUGUGGAAGUGCCUGAAGGUCAGAAUGAUCUGCGCCGCAUGCAACUUCGCGAGUUGGCGCUGCUCAACGGCACACUGAGAGAGAACGACGGCCCCAGGUGUACAAACUGUGGCUCAUCUGAACACAAGAGCUGGAUGUGUCCGGACAAACCUAAUGUUACCAACAACAUCGUGUGUUCGCUGUGUGGAGGCGCUGGUCACAUUGCCAAGGACUGCAGACAGAAGCGUCCCGGGGACAAGAUAACUCCUCCCACACGUCAAGACAAAGCUAAGAUUGAUCAGGAGUAUAUGUCAUUGAUGGCUGAGCUGGGUGAAGGACCACCCCCUCCUGCCACUUCAAGUGACAGCUCGCCAUCGUCUAGCAGUCGCUUCACGUCCCGGCCGGCCACAGGCGUGUUGUUUGAUCGGAGGUUGACACCCAAGGCCAUCGCGGCUCCACCCCCUACCACUCAGGCUCUCCCCACUCCUCCACAGCUGAUACCCAACUCUCUGCCGCCCCCACCAUGGUCCACCCAGUCCACAGUGGCUGCUGCGCCACCUCCGCAGAUCAACUUAUCCCAGCCACCACCCCCGCCAUGGCAGACACAGACCAUCACUGUGAAUGUUCCACCCCCCACUGUGUUGAAUGUGCCACCCCCAGCUCCCACUGUGUCUGCUACCUUGCCCUGGAUGAGUACAGCUCCUCUGGCUACACCGCCGCCCCCCACCACGGUGCCCCCGCCUAGUCUUCCUCCCUGGCAGCAGCCACCACCCACCACCCAACCACCCCCAGCAUUCUGGCCGCAAGCCCAGUCCUAUGUUGUGCCGCCCCCACAGCCUGUCGCCCCACCUCCUGACUUGCCCAACCUACUAACUGCUCCUCCACCGCCUCCACCUUCGUAAAUUAGUUCUUAUUUAUUUAUUUACAGAGUUUUACUUUAGGAAAUAGAUAUUGCAUUUAAUAUCACGCACAUUUUAUGGAGAUCACUACUGUUAUCAUAAAAUAUUUGAAUGUAUAUAUUACAAUAAAUGUACGAUUUGUGAA